CCUUUUCUCUGAAACUAUUGUUGCUGAACCCUAACAAACAAAAUAGUCUCCACUUCCCAGGGGUUUUGGCUCUGCUUCGCUUUCUCGCCAUGGGUAAGAAACUCAAAGAAAUUCUGCAGUUAAGCGAAGCUGAAACCCUAACAACUGAAGGGAACCGUGUAACUGAGAAGAAGAAUAAGAAGGAUAAGAAGAAGAAGAACAAGGAAAGAAAACACAACCAUUUCAACGAAGAAAACCCAACACCAGAACUGCUUGAGAACGGCCAAGGAGAAGCUAAACCAAAAAGGAAGCUUGAAGAAGCACUAGAGCCUUCAGAAGUCUAUGGAAAGGAUACUGAAAGUAAGAAGGCCAAGAAGAAGAAGGAGAAGAAAGCAGAGGAAUUGAAUUCGAGUAAAGAACUUCAGGGUAAUAAUGUCGAAGCAAAUGAAAACAGUAGGGAUGAGUCAUUCAUUAAUGCUUCUGUGACUGUGUCUGGAAACAACACAAAGGAUUCCAAGUACGCAGCUUUGAACUCUUUUGCUGAAUCCAAGCUCCCUGAGGAAGUACUUGAAUGCUGCAAGAAUUUCAGUAAACCUUCUCCAAUUCAAUCACAUGCUUGGCCUUUCCUUUUGGAUGGUCGGGAUUUCAUUGGUAUCGCUGCAACUGGAUCAGGUAAAACGUUGGCAUUUGGGGUUCCUGCUUUGAUGCAUAUUUUGAGCAAGGAGAAUAAUAAAAAAUCCAAGAGAAAGAAUCCUCUUUGUCUUGUACUCUCACCUACAAGGGAACUAGCUCAACAAAUUGCAGAUGUUCUGUGUGAUGCUGGAACGCCUUGUGGUGCCAAAACAGUUUGUUUGUAUGGAGGAACUUCCAAAGGACCUCAAAUAUCUUCUUUGAAGUCUGGAGUGGACAUUGUUAUUGGGACUCCUGGCCGUUUGAAGGAUCUAAUUGAAAUGGGUGUGUGCUGCUUGAAGGAAGUAUCUUUUGUGGUUCUAGAUGAAGCAGAUCGGAUGCUUGACUUGGGUUUUGAACCAGAGGUUCGCUCCAUAUUGAAGCAGACAUGUGCUGUGCGCCAGAUGGUAAUGUUCAGUGCAACAUGGCCUCCUUCUGUUCAUCAGUUAGCUCAGGAGUUCAUGGAUCCAAAUCCUGUUAAGGUUGUUGUGGGAUCAGAGGAUUUAUCUGCCAAUCAUGACGUUAUGCAGAUUGUAGAGGUAUUAGAAGACCGUUCACGUGAUGCACGUUUGGUCGCCUUGCUCGAGAAGUACCACAAAUCCCAAAGGAACAGAGUAUUGGUUUUUGUCUUGUACAAGAAGGAAGCAUCUCGUGUUGAAAAUAUGCUUCAAAGAAGGGGUUGGAAGGUUGUUUCUGUACAUGGUGACAAAGCUCAACAUGAUCGUACAAAGGCACUUUCUUUGUUUAAGGAUGGAACCAGUCCUCUGAUGAUUGCCACUGAUGUAGCUGCUCGAGGAUUGGAUAUUCCGGAUGUGGAAGUAGUGAUCAACUACAGCUUCCCUCUCACUACUGAGGAUUAUGUUCACCGGAUAGGGAGAACUGGUCGGGCUGGUAAAAAGGGUGUUGCCCACACCUUCUUCAUGCAGGAAAACAAGGGCCUUGCUGGAGAGCUCAUUAAUGUUCUUAGAGAAGCAAGGCAGAUUGUGCCUGCUGACCUCAUGAAAUUUGGCACACACGUGAAGAAAAAGGAAUCCAAGCUAUAUGGUGCCCACUUCAAAGAAAUUACAGCAGAUGCCCCCAAGUCUAUGAAGAUCAAAUUUGACAAUUCAGAUGAGGAAGAUUGAGCCUUAAGGGAUAUUGCAAGUGUCUUUUUAUUUUAAUUCUACUGUGCACUCAAGAGGCUAGUGGAAUUUGAGAUAGCACUGGGGUUGAUUCCCUGCAUACUAUCUCCACUCGAUUGUCUCUCUCCAGAGACCGAAACUUUAGAAGAAAGAUGAAUUAAGGUAGAAGUUCAAGAAGCCGGUGAGAGCCCAACCAGCGUGUUGAACCUGAUCUUUCUGCAGCUUUCUCCUCAUAUUGGAAUGCCAUACCCUAUAUAAUGUAUUAGCAGUCAGAUAAUCAUCACAAAAUUUUGCCUAGUUUAAAAUAUGGUUUACCUUUUUAUUGAUUUGUGGCUAUUAUUUCCAGUAUCAUACAUUUUCUUGGUUUACUUAUUUAUCAAGAAGUUGUAUUUUGGACAUUUUUGUUAAUUAAAAGCUCCUGGUUCCUUGCUCUCUC